GUGCGCCCAGCAAUGAGGCUACUUCCUUCAUGAUGUUUCGCACGUCCUCGCAGCCAUAAGUCAGCAUUGGGCGACAACAGUGCUGACAGCCUACCUGAUGGCGAACUACGCCAGUCUGAACGUGUGUCCUACUUGUUCCAAAUCAUACAAGAGGCCCGAGCAUUUGCGUCGCCACCAAAUAUCGCACGGUACGGAAAGGCCUCAUGAAUGCAUGGGAUGCGGAAACACGUUCCAGCGCUCUGAUGUGCUGAAGCGACAUCUCAGGACGUGCGACAAUUUGUUCGAUCAUCCCGCGCAAUCGACAGAGCCAAGUGUCAAAAGACGUGCUCUUUCCAAUCCUCAAACCCAACCGGAUCCUACCAUCAGUCUUCUUGACUCAUAUGACCUCCCAGCAUCUACCGACGAGAACAGCAUUCGCCACGGCGGCGGCGCUCCAUCUUUUACCAACAUAGCCGGCUGGGUUUCUUGUGGCCUGUCGAGCCAUGAUUUCGACGUCCCAUCUGAUAGCUGGCAGGACUUUCUCAACUUGGGUUCAGGAGUCCAGAGCCCGGCUAGUGCAAUGUCCGAUGAGAGACACCAUGACGACCGAUCUCUGAACUUCUUGGCCAAUUUCACGAGUGAGACUGGUCUCGUCGAUGCUUUCGAUUGCGGUACACUCGAGCAACGGCGGCGAGUCGCAACAAGCUUCCAAAACGACGUUGUAGGGUCUAAGAAGCACACUGCUGUGCCCGUACCAGCAUGUGCAGACUCCACUGUGGCUUUCGCAGGGAACCCAACAACAUCAGACGUCAAUGAAGAGUAUAACUCUCAAGCGGCCGUUCUUCAGUGGCUCUCCGAUCCCCUAUCGCUCAAGUCUCACGAGAUCAUCACUUCUAUCAAAGACGUUGUGCUGCAGCAAUCCAAAAACAGCUGCGUCGACCUUUCGUGGUCAAACACAGCAGAAGAAGCCUGCUUACAUUUCUUUUCUCCAAUGAACAUCCGACGGUAUAUCCACUUUUAUUGGGCAAUUUGGCACCCUAACGUAAAUAUCAUGCACAAAGCCACGUUUCAUUCCGCCUCUGCGAAACCCGAGCUUGUCGCAGCAAUGUCAGUGAUGGGGGCAUGUGUCUCGCCAGAACCAUCGGAUCGCGAGUAUGCGAGGCGCUGGUUCAAUUGUGUUGAAGAACUGGUUUUCAGCAUUGACGACCUCUGCGAUGACAGCCCUGUUUCCAGCUUUUGCGACACUGGCGAGGCUCAAUGGUGGCGAGGAAAGCUGAGAGCACUACAAGCUGCAUACAUGGUGUGUCUCUACCAGAACUGGGAAGGAACACACUCGAGCAAGCGUCGAAUUCGCCGAUACCGCUACAGCACGAUGGUUGCAGCUGCCAGAGACACCCUUCACAAUGCCCGGCAUCCCAACUACCGGCAACAAAACCUAUGCGAUUUCUCUUUCAAGAACUUUGCAGCCAGAGAAGAGCUGAUUCGAGUGUGUCUGUGGAUCUUCCUCUUGGAUACCGCCUUCGUGAUCUUCAACAAUUUGCCUCCACGUAUGGUAAUUCGGGAAAUGAGAAUGAGCCCGGCUAAGCCUGAGGCUUGUUUUCAGGCCUUGACUGCAGAAGAUUGCUUCAACAGUCUGGCGCAAGAACAGCAAGACAGUGCUCUGCAGCCAGUGGAGUCGUUGGAUUUCGCUUCAGCUUUCGAGAUGCUCUAUCGAAGCCAUGUCGAUGACGACUCCAGCACUAUGCUGGCCGGUCUAGGACCUCUCAAUCUCUUCGCCAUGACAUCUGCACUGCAUUCUCUCAUAUUUCACUAUCAAAGUUCCUUCAGCUGUCAGGGUUCGCUAAGUGCCAUUCAGCAAGGCCUGCAGAAUUGGGAAAUGGUCUGGAACAUUUACGUUACACGUUUCUCUGAAACACCACGCCACUCUCCGGUGACUUCCUCCAUGCACGAUCUUGCUUCGGAUGAUAUGUGGAGGCGUGUUGGUUUUACACGUCAUGCGUCAGAGUACUGGCUUCUUGCAAAACUCAUGGUAGAUCGUCUCUCCACAUCAGACGAUGAAGGUGCUGAAGCCGCGGCGUUCUCGAACGGUCUAGUGCAGAAACCAAUGAGCCUUUCUAGCAUCGAGUCCGCCGGCCCGCUUCUCAGGCAAUACGACCAAACGAGUAUGCAACAGGUUAACAACUUGAUUUCUGAAUUCCAAAAAGUGUGUAUCCGGUCAGAUAGUAAGGAUUGACAGUGCUCAAAUCGUUUCGGGUUGUACAGUAUCAAUAUUUAUGCCGUGUAUAACCGAGGAGGAACACCAUCUUGACGAUCGGCUUUGACCGAGCAUGGCCAUCGUCUUGGAAGAUGCACUACCAUGCCAACACAGGUUUUAUGACCUGUACAUCAAUUGUCAGAUACAGCCAGUGCCUA